AUGGCCCAGUUCGUGCCGCGCAAUGCCUUUCCCCAUUAUGGGGCGAUUCCAAGGUCCUAUUUCCUAGGACACCACCGGGCAGGUCUGACCAAGAUGAAGAGUAUGCUCUCAACUAUCGACUAUGUUGUUGAGUGUCGUGACUAUCGAGCUCCGGUGACCUCGAUCAACCCCAUGUUCGAAGAAGCUUUGGGCAAGAUGCGACGACUGGUCGUCUAUACCAAGAGAGAUCUGGGAAGCACUCCCAAAUCAUCUGACCAGAAAGCAACAGAACGGAAAUUGCAAAGUUUCGAUCCCAAGAGCGCCGUGUUCUUCACCAGCUCAUCCUCUCGUCAGGAUGUCAGCCAGAUCAUCAAACACCUCCGAAAUGAUGCUGAAGCCCCUGAUAAGCUGGUUGGCUGUCGAGUGCUGGUUGUUGGUAUGCCCAAUGUCGGCAAGUCAACACUGAUCAAUAAUCUGCGCAACUCGGGCGUGGGCAAAGCCAAGGCCCUGAAAACUGGGCAGCAGCCUGGUAUCACGCGCAAGAUAGCCACGCAGGUGAAGAUCAUUGAACGCGAGAGCGGAUCUCAUGUCUACGUCCUGGAUACCCCUGGUGUCUUCAUGCCCUAUGUACCGGAUGCUGAGAACAUGCUUAAGCUGGCUCUCUGUGGCUGUGUGAAGGAUACUGUCAUUUCACCUGUCACUCUCGUGGAUUAUCUGUUGUAUCAUAUCAAUCUGCAUGAUCCAACAGUCUAUCAACGCUGGUCUGAACCGACCAAUGAGGUGAUUCCAUUGCUUGACAGCUUUGCGCGCCAAACUGGCCUGCUUGGGAAAGGCGGGGUGCCCAAUAUGGAAGGAGCCGCGCUUCUUUUCAUACAAAGAUGGCGACAAGGAGAAUUAGGUCGAUUCUUGGUGGAUAACCUAGAGGAGGAAGAACGACGACGAGAAGACCCGACUCAAAAAGUGCGCAUGAGCAUGACGCAGGCUUUGAGAGUUGAAAGGACGACUCGAAAGAACAAACCCGAUACAACAAGCAAACUGUAA